CUCCAGCUCUCCCGUGCUCCGGCACCGGCACCGAUCCAACCCUCUUCUGCUCCGGCACCGGCUCCAGCAUCCGCCCCGCUCGGGUGCCGGCCCCGCUCCAGCCGCUCUCCGGUGCCGGUCCCGCUCCGGUGCCGGCCCCGCUCCGCUCGCAGCCCGGCCCCGUUCCCGGAGCGGCCCCGCGGCUCCCGCAGCACCGCCCCUGCCCUCCCCGCAGGAAGGAGGAAGGGACACGGCAGGAGGGAGAGCGACCUGCUCGGCGGCCGGGCUCUGCCGUCCCUGGCAGCACGAGGGAAGAUGAACAAGAUGAAAAACUUCAAGAGGAGGUUUUCGCUCUCGGUGCCGCGCACGGAGACCAUCGAGGAGUCUCUGACGGAGUUCACGGAGCAGUUCAACCAGCUCAACAACCAGAGGAACGAAGACCUGGCUCAGGGACACCUGCAGCUGGCACAGCUGGGCAGGGAGGUGGCAGCUGACGGCAGCCCCGCGUCCCCGCCGGAGGGGCAGGGCCGGUCCCCGGUGGCCGCCGUGCGCUACCGCAACCACGGCCAGCGCCGCUUCUCCAUGGAGGACGUCAGCAAGCGCCUCUCGCUGCCCAUGGACAUCCGGCUGCCCCCCGAGUUCCUGCAGAAGCUGCAGAUGGAGAGCCUGGAGCUCCCCAAGCCCCUGAGCAGGAUGUCCCGGCGGGCUUCCCUCUCAGAUAUCGGCUUUGGGAAGCUGGAAACCUACGUUAAACUGGACAAACUGGGAGAGGGCACCUACGCCACGGUGUUCAAGGGCCGCAGCAAACUGACGGAAAACCUGGUGGCGCUGAAGGAAAUCCGCCUGGAGCACGAGGAGGGGGCUCCCUGCACGGCCAUCCGGGAAGUGUCGCUGCUGAAGAACCUCAAACACGCCAACAUCGUCACCCUGCACGACAUCAUCCACACCGAGCGCUCCCUCACCCUCGUCUUCGAGUACCUGGACAACGACCUCAAGCAGUACCUGGAGAACUGCGGGAACCUGAUGAGUGUGCACAACGUGAAGAUCUUCAUGUUCCAGCUGCUCCGUGGCCUGGCUUAUUGCCACGGCAGGAAAAUCCUGCACCGAGACCUCAAACCCCAGAACCUGCUCAUCAACGAGCGAGGGGAGCUCAAGCUGGCUGAUUUUGGAUUAGCCAGGGCCAAGUCGGUCCCCACAAAAACCUAUUCCAACGAGGUGGUGACACUCUGGUACCGGCCCCCCGACGUCCUGCUGGGAUCCACCGAGUAUUCCACGCCCAUCGACAUGUGGGGGGUCGGGUGCAUCCACUACGAGAUGGUGACGGGCCGGCCGAUGUUCCCCGGCUCCACGGUGAAGGAGGAGCUGCACCUCAUCUUCCGCCUGCUGGGAACCCCCACAGAGGACACCUGGCCUGGGAUAACGUCCAACGAGGAGUUCAAGGCUUACAACUUCACCCAGUACCGAGCCCAGCCACUGAUAAAUCACGCCCCAAGGCUGGACUUGGAAGGCAUCGACCUGCUGACAAAUCUCCUCCUGUACAGAGCCAAGGGCCGGAUCUCAGCCGAGGCAGCCCUGCAGCACCCCUACUUCAAGAGCCUGGGAGAGCGGGUGCACCUCCUGCCUGACAAUGCCUCCAUCUUCUCCCUGAAGGAGAUCCAGCUCCAGAAGGACCCCGGCCACCGAGGCUCAGCCUUCCAGCACUCAGCCCGCGGCAAGAACAGGAGGCAGAGCAUAUUUUAAACUCGGAUCUCGCGUUCCCCCGGUUGCCAUGGAGAUGGAAGCGCUGAGAAAGGAGCGGCUCCCACCCGACCCGACCCUCGGCAGAAUUCCCGGCUCCAGCAGGACCCAAACCCCUGGGAGCUGCCCUCGAUGGACCUGUGGCCUUGUCCCCCCCCCUUGUUUUGGUGUUGUCCCCACUGAGAGGUGCUCCAGGGAGGAGCUGCCGGCCCCUGCGCUGCCCCGGGAGGGUUUGGGGGCACGGGUGGGGAUUUGUGGGGUUUGGCCCAGGCAGGAGCUGCUGGAAAUGCACCUUUGCUCUGACAAGCUGCCCUGCACCCCCUGGAUUUUGGGAAGACCACGUUAGGACUGCUGGGCACAGCCUGGCCUGGCCCUGGGAGCACCUGGGGCACACCUGGGGCACAGCUGGGCACAGGAACCAGGGCAGCCCCCCCGUAUUUCACCUCUGCCUGCAGAACCCCCUUUCCCCUCCCUGUUUUGGUACCCGAAUCCAGCUGAGGGUGGAGCAGCCGGAAUUCCCAUCGCUCCCCCCGGCAUCUCCCAGUCCCUGUGCCCAAACUGGGAUGUCCUGAGCCCAGAGCAAGGCCUGGCAGGGCCGAGGGGGCCAUGCUGAGCCGGGCCGGGCGGGAACGGCCCCUCCCGGGCACGGAUGGAUGGAGG